CCACCUGAAGAUGUUGUUGUGACAAAGGGUAUAGACAGCUUGACGUUUACUUGGGCAGCACCAAAGAUUGGAUUUUUCAGCAGCUUUGAAAUUCAAUAUUUGUAUUUUGUAUCUAUUUCUCGAAGCGAGAUUUAUCAUUUAACGUUUAAUGAAGAUGUACAGACAGCAACAGUCAAUGACCUUAUACAAGGUGCAAUAUAUUUCUGGUCUAUUUAUACUACAUCUGGUUCAUCUAAUGAGUUUACAAUCAGUAAUGCUGUAACUGGCUCUCUUACUUUCGAUGUUGCUCCAGCAGCAGGUGACAUCAUUAUUAAGUCAGUCACAGAGACAGUGAUAGAAGUGGCAUUCCAGCCAUCUGCAAGUGUCAGCGUUACUGGAUAUGAGUUGUCUAUAAUGGCAGAGGACAGUACCACUAGCAGCAAAAAGACAUUUACACCUGAAGAAAACAAAUACUACGUGUUCUUAGGGCUCUCCCCAGGCACUGAAUACACGAUCUCUCUAAGGAUUUUAGGAACCGGCGAACCUAAUAAAUCUGCUGUAGUCACAACAAAACCGCCCGCUCCACAGUUUGUACAGACAACAAAUUCAAAUUUUAAAAGUCUAGUUGUCUCAUGGACUGCUCCUUUAGACACCACCAACCUAGACUAUUACAGCGUCUCUUACAGACCAAAUCUAGGUAUUCCAAGAUCUCCCAUUCGUAUUGACGUAUCUGGAAAUCGUGUCCGGAGAAAUGCUGAUGAUACUGUAACAUUACAGAUUGAUGAUCUUCCAGAAAAUACUGUUUUUGACAUUAUUGUUUCUAGUGUCGCAGGAAAUUCCGCUCAAGACAUCUCAAUCACAGGUGUUACAGAUUAUUUGGAUCCCGGUGAAAUUUAUAUAACCAACGUGACUUAUAAAUCCUUUGAAGUAUUUUAUGGCGAAACUACCGACCCAUCGUUUGUUGAAUACACUUUCAAUAUUAUGGGCGGUAACCAAAUGUUGAUGUUAACACGCAGUGCUUUUGAUGUUCGCUCCUUCUUGGUAGAGAACCUGGAAUAUAGCACUCUUUACUGUGUUGAGUUAGAUGAUGGAGUCAACCCUCCAACCAAAAAGAACGUUACUACAGAGAUAUAUUUUGUUGGCGAAGUCAACGUAACAUUUGUUGAUGAGGAAACCAUAGAGUUCAUCUGGGAUGAUCCUACGCUCCCAAACUUUUUUGUAAGUUUUACGAUCGAGCCAAACGAAGGUACUGCAACCAUUGAUGAAACAAGCAAUUCUGGCAGCGUAUCCGGAUUAACGCCUGGAAAAUUAUAUUCUCUCUCGAUAUUCAACAAUACGGAAACUGAAAGAAGGUGGUCAGUCGUUGACGUCAGAACUUACCCAGUGAAACCUAGAGGAUUUGAUGGCAUUACACCAUUAUACACAAGUAUUUCUUUAUCUUGGUAUUUUCAAACGGAUGUAGUGUAUGACUCCUUUAGAGUAAUUUAUGAACCAGCCAAUGGGAUAGACCCAGUACCUAUAGAUGUAACAGAUACUCAGAUUACAUUAGAGGGACUUGCACCAAACACAGAGUACAAAAUUGAAGUCAGAACGGUUUCAGGAGAUGGGGAUAAUGAAAGAAUAAGCCAAAGAAGUUCUAUUGCAUAUGUUUCAACAGUUCCAGUUGCAAUGGGUGUAGUCCUGGUACGUUCUUAUUCAAAUGAUAGCAUCUUGAUAACAUGGGGUGAGAUCAGUGGUGAGAACAGCUACAUCUUAGAGAUAUCCCCAGUCUCAAGUAAUGAUAGUAAAAGUAUUGAACAUACCGGAGACCGACAAUUUGAAUUUACUGGAUUGACACCAGGUCAGUUGUAUAACAUAACUGUACGAGGUAACAACAGCUUUGAAGAAGGAUUUGUGUUGCAAAGAACAAAUCCAAACCCAGUUGCAUCUCUUGAAAUUACCAACACAUCUCUUACUACACUGACACUCAUUUGGAGUGAGCCUGAAGUGGAAGGAGGUCUUGAAGUUAUAUUUGGCGGCUAUGUUUUAACUUACAAAGAGAAUGGUGGCUUAGAAGUUAACCUUGGUUUCCUGGAAAGAGGAACCAUCUUUUACACAAUUACAAACUUGGAUCCAGCAACUACUUACACAGUUUGUAUUAGGACAAGAAUGGGAAGUGGAGACACGCAAGUGCAUAGCUCAGUUGUAACAGAUACAGAAAUUACAGAUGCUAUUGCCAAUGAUGAAAUCUUCGUAAGGAACUUCACUGAAAAAACCAUUGAGAUUCUUUGGGCUGAAAAUCCAUUUGCAUUGAGAUACACUGUUUAUGUUUGGCCAACAAGCAGAAGCAGAGGGGAAGGCAUGUCUCAAGACACUGGCAAUACAACAUCAGCUUUGACAGGUCUUGUUCCAGGAGAACUGUAUACAAUUCAGGUAGAGAUUGAUCUUGGAAAUGGAAAUGAUAGUGUGUUGCAAACUCAGUGGAGAACAUACCCAGUGAAACCUAUAGGAUUUGAUGGCAUUACACCAUUAUACACAAAUAUUACUUUAUCUUGGUAUCUUCAAGCGGAUGUAGUGUAUGACUCCUUUAGAGUAACUUAUGAACCAGCCAAUGGGAUAGACCCAGUACCUAUAGAUGUAACAGAUACUCAGAUUACAUUAGAGGGACUUAUACCGGGCACCGAGUACACAAUUGAAGUCAGAACAGUUUCAGGAGAUGGGGAUAAUGAAAGGAUAAGCCAGACAAGUUCUAAAACAUAUGUUUCAACAGUUCCAGUUGGAAUGGGAGUAAUCUUAGUACAUUCUUAUUCAAAUGAUAGCAUCUCUAUAACAUGGGGAGAGAUCAGUGGUGAGAACAGCUACAUCUUAGAGAUAACCCCAGUCCCUAGUAAUGAUAGUAAAAGUAUUGAACAUACCGGAGACCGACAAUUUGAAUUUACUGGAUUGACACCAGGUCAGUUGCUUAAUAUAACUGUACGAGGUAACAACAGCUUUGAAGAAGGAUUUGUGUUGCAAAGAACAAAUCCAAACCCAGUUACAUUUAUUGAAAUUACCAACACAUCUCUUACUACACUGACACUCAUUUGGAGUGAGCCUGAAGUGGAAGGAGGUCUUGAAGUUAUAUUUGGCGGCUAUGUUUUAACUUACAAAGAGAAUGGUGGCUCAGAAGUUAACCUUGGUUUCCUGGAAAGAGGAACCAACUUUUACACAAUUACAAACUUGUAUCCAACAACUACUUACACAGUUUGUAUUAGGACAAGAAUGGGAAGUGGAGAUACACAAGAGCAUAGCUCAGUUGUAACAGAUACAGAAAUUACAGAUGCGAUUGCCAAUAAUACAAUCUUUGUAAGGAACUUCACUGAAAGAACCAUUGAGAUUCUUUGGCCUGAAAAUCCAUUUGCAUUGAGAUACACUGUUUAUGUUUGGCCAACAAGCAGAAGCAGAGGGGAAGGCAUGUCUCAAGACACUGGCAAUACAACAUCAGCUUUGAGAGAGUUGACAUAUCUUGUUCCAGGAGAACUGUAUACAAUUCAGGUAGAGAUUGAUCUUGGAAAUGGAAAUGAUAGUGUGUUGCAAACACAGUGGAGAACAUACCCAGUGAAACCUGAUGGAUUUGAUGGCAUUACACCAUUAUACACAAAUAUUACUUUAUCUUGGUAUUUUCAAGCGGAUGUAGUGUAUGACUCCUUUAGAGUAACUUAUGAACCAGCCAGUGGGAUAGACCCAGUACCUAUAGAUGUAACAGAUACUCAGAUUACAUUAGAGGGACUUAUACCGGGCACUGAGUACACAAUUGAAGUCAGAACAGUUUCAGGAGAUGGGGAUAAUGAAAGAAUAAGCCAGACAAGUUCUAAAACAUAUGUUUCAACAGUUCCAGUUGGAAUGGGAGUAGUCUUAGUACAUUUUUAUUCAAAUGAUAGCAUCUCUAUCACAUGGGGAGAGAUCAGUGGUGAGAACAGCUACAUCUUAGAGAUAACCCCAGUUUCUAGUAAUGAUAGUAAAAGUAUUGAACAUACUGGAGACCGACAAUUUGAAUUUACUGGAUUGACACCAGGUCAGUUGUUUAAUAUAACUGUACGAGGUAACAACAGCUUUGAAGAAGGAAUUGUUUUGCAAAGAACAAAUCCAAACCCAGUUGCAUUUAUUGAAAUUACCAACACAUCUCUUACUACACUGACACUCAUUUGGAGUGAGCCUGAAGUGGAAGGAGGUCUUGAAGUUAUAUUUGGCGGCUAUGUUUUAACUUACAAAGAGAAUGGUGGCUCAGAGGUUAACCUUGGCUUCCUGGAAAGAGGAACCAACUUUUACACAAUUACAAACUUGUAUCCAACAACUACUUACACAGUUUGUAUUAGGACAAGAAUGGGAAGUGGAGACACACAAGAGCAUAGCUCAGUUGUAACACAUACAGAAAUUACAGAUGCUAUUGCCAAUGGUACAAUCUUUGUAAGGAGCUUCACUGAAAGAAGCAUUGAGAUCCUUUGGCCUGAAAAUCCAUUUGCAUUGAAAUACACUGUUUAUGUUUGGCCAACAAGCGGAAGCAGAGGGGAAGGCAUGUCUCAAGACACUGGCAAUACAACAUCAGCUUUGAGAGAAUUGACAGAUCUUGUUCCAGGAGAACUGUAUACAAUUCAGGUAGAGAUUGAUCUUGGAAAUGGAAAUGAUAGUGUGUUGCAAACUCAGUGGAGAACAUACCCAGAGAAACCUAGACGAUUUGAUGGCCUUUCACCAUCCUACACAAGUAUUGCUUUAUCUUGGAAUCUUGAAACAGAUGUAGUGUAUGACUUCUUUAGAGUAACUUAUGAGCCAGACAACGGAUUAUACCCAGUACCUAUAGAUGUAACAGACACUCAGAUUACAUUAGAGGGACUUACACCAGACACAGAUUACAAAAUUGAAGUCAGAACUGUUUCAGGAGAUGGGGAUAAUGAAAGGAUAAGCCAGGGAAGUUCUAAUUUAUAUGCGAGAACAGUUCCAGUUGGAAUGGGUGUAGUCUUCUUAACCUCGUAUUCAAAUGUUAGCAUCUCGAUAACAUGGGAUGAGAUCAAUGGUGAGAACAGCUACAUCCUACAGAUUACACCAGAGUAUGGUAGUGGUGGUGAAACUAUUGAAUAUUCGGGGGACCGACAAUUUGAAUUUACUGAAUUGAUUCCUGGUCAGUUGUAUAACAUAACUUUACGAGGUAACAACAGCUUCGAAGAAGGAUAUCUACUGCAAAGAACAAAACCAAACAGUCCAGCUUACAUAGAGUUUGAUGACUCUCUAGAUUCAUAUACAUCACUAUUUGUUGAAUGGGAUAGUCCAGUACCAGUCAAUGAUAUCAUGACCAUAUUCAGUGGAUAUAUUGUACGUUAUCGAGCAGAUUCAGGAACUGUUGUUGAUGUGAGGUUAAAUAGUACAGAGACCAAUUACACCAUUAUGGGACUUUCACAUAGCAGAGAAUAUGAGGUGUUGUUGCUAACCGAAAGCGAAGAUGUGUUGAGUGACGAAAUAUCUGCAGUAGGCGACACAGCGUAUUUAUCAGCUGAUGAGAUAGUCGUCUUGUGGUACAACACUAAAAACAUCACUGCCAUUUGGGGUGGUAACGCAUCUCAAGACGGAUUUGAAAACUACACAGUCUCUUUAGAACCAGCUGAUGGUGGGCCUUACAUAAUCAAUUCAGCUUUACAAAUUGCGCAUUUCUACAAUUUGAUUCCUGGUAGAUUGUAUACAAUUAGAGUUGAAACCGUAGUCAAUGGAACUGCCUUAACAACCACGAAGAACCAGAGAACAGUUCCUAGUAUGGUGUCAGUUAAUGCAAGCGUCGUCAUGGUCGAUUCAACAUUAAUCAAUCUACAAUGGACGCCUCCAGAAGGAGAUUUUAGUGGCUUUGAGGUCACCCACUCUCCCGCAGAUGGGCCAACUACUUCGAUUAUUCUUCUACCGGCCAAUGAAUUUUUUCACAACUUCAUGUUUUUGCUACCAACAAUAAACUACACAUUUGAAAUUGUCACCAUAUCUUCAGUACGUGGUUAUGAGGAAAGAAGCCCACCUCUCCAAGUUACUUUUGUAACAGGUGAUGUAACAGCAGCCGAGAUUAUAGUGCGUGACAUAAACAGUACUUUUGUCCGGUUCACAUGGGGCUCGGCAUCUGGAACCUUUAACAUGUAUCGCAUCACUAUCGAUCCUGUGCCAAACAAUGGAUCUGCCUCUUCUCUUGAUGUGCCGGUUACUGAUCAGAAGCUGGCUGAAUUUGUUAACCUUACACCUGGGCAGAUGUACUAUAUAACCAUUGAAGCAGUCGGAACUAACAUCAGUCUCGCAAAUCCUGUCCGGACUUACCCAGAGCCUGUUGGAUCGUUUGAGACAGAACACACUCUUGCAAACUACACUUCUGUAACCGUUACGUUCUCACCGCCUGAACUAGUAGAUGGCAUUGCAACGGUCUUUGACUUCUAUGAAAUUGUCUAUCACACUGCAACAUCAGUUCCCGUAACCAUGAUGCUGAAUAAAGAUUCUACUUCAUUUACUGCUACUGAUCUGGACCCAGACAAGACCUACUACUUUUCAAUUAUCGUUGUAAGUGGAGAUCUUAAGAGUGGUCGUGAGCGAACCAUUGCCAACACAACAUCCCCUGGACCAGGUAUUCUGUUUGUUCGAUCAGUGGUUGGCACAAGCAUUGACAUCUCUUGGGGUGGUGCAGAAGAUGAUCCAGACUUUGAGGGCUACAGUAUCACGAUCGUGCCUGCCGAUGGGAUGAUGGAUGUGGACCUCCUUGAAAGGCGAGCCAUGUUCACUGAUCUUACACCUGGUGAAGAGUACACUAUCUCCCUAGAGGUCACCAAUGUUAACCCACAACCAGAUACAUAUACUACAAGACUAAAGCCUGCACCUCCGACCUCUCUUGAUGUCUCUUCAAAAACCGAUACAUCAUUUACUGUCACAUGGGAGAGGCCAGUGGGUGUGUUUGCUGAGUAUCGUCUUGAGAUAUAUGGAUAUGAGAAUGCCGUUAUUGAAGAUACAACUCUAUCAAGCGCAUUCAAUAUCUACAUAAAGUCAAGCCUGAUUCCUGGUCGUAACUACACGGUCAGGCUAACAGCCAAAUCUGGAAAUCUUUACAGUGAAACAGCUACAGUGGUUGCUACAUUAGUAUCGCUAGAACCACUUCAGUUUGACCUUCUUAGCAGAUCAUCUACGUCCCUAACCUAUAAUUUUGGAUUUGUUGAGGGUGCAACUGAUUAUCACGUUUCAACAGACGAUGACGACAUUGUCCCCAUUACUGUCCCAGUUGGAAUGGAAACCUUUACCUUGAAUGAUUUAACUCCAGGCAGACUCUAUGUCAUCACUAUCAAAGCCAGGAUGGUAGCCACUGUCUUGAGAAUGAACAGCACUGAAGUUAGAACAACCCCUCUUCCAGUGGAGUCGGUCACUGUGAUGAACACUGGACUGUCCACCAAAGUUGAUGCAUCAUGGGUUCCAGCUUCUGCAUCUGAUUACACCAGUUUUGCCGUCUCAUACACAGACGUGGCUAAUGUGAGAACUGACCUUGGGAUUACUACCGAAUUGGAAAUGACUAUAACCGAGCUUGAACAAGACUCAACAUAUACACUUUUUAUUACGGUGGUUAGUGGAGAGGAAACAGAUACAGAGAUACGUAGCAGUGCUUUCUCAAAACCCUUCUCAACAAUGGUGUUAGAUCCUGGCCAGAUUGAAAUACAGAGUUUCUCAACUAUUUCCCUGACUGUUGUUUGGGGAGCAACAGACAACAAUGCAGCAACAUCGUAUGAUGUUGCAGCUCUUCUAGAUGGCGUUAUUGCUAAACAAAUGACUGUAGGAAUUGGUGAGGAAACAAAAGGAACUCUUGAAGGCCUUGCGACUGGAGUUUGUUACGCUGUACGUCUUACAAUCGGAGGAAUAUCAUCUGUAACAGAAAUUGAAGCGUGUACACAACCAAAUCCUGCAACAAAUUUUGAAGUGUCCAUAAUUACAUCAACGACAAUGGAUCUUCAGUGGACGCCUCCAGUGGGCAGCUUUGAUAACUAUCAGAUCACAUACAAAGUGACGGGAGAGACUGAAACACAAGAAAUGCUAGUUAACUUUGGCUUAACUACUGCAACCCUAACUGCGCUUACUCCUGAAACUAUGUAUGACAUUAGCAUUGUAUCACAAGUACAUUUUGUUGGUGGAUCUGUGGACAGUGAUUCUGCUACUAUCCAGAAAUCAACAGUCACUUCCCUCAUCCGUGUGGACUCCGUCACAACAACAUCCUUAACCUAUAGUUACGAACCCAGCGAGCAAAACACCAACGAUUAUCAGCUGGUGUACACACCUAACGAGGGCCUCCGAGAAUCUCCUGUUAGCUAUGCAGGACCGGUUACUGCUGGACAAGAGACACUGACGCAGCUGACUCCUGGAACUCUUUACUCUUUCUCAUGGCAAACUGUAAAUAGUGGUGUUUUCCAACAGGAGGAUGCUGUGGCUGCAUACACAAAGCCAGAGCCAGUGACUGCUUUACAGAUUACAUCAACCACUAGCUCCUCGUUGACUGUUGAUUGGACAGCGCCAACUAUUGGAAACUUUGAUGGCUACAAAUUAGCGUAUUUUGCCUUAGAGCAAGCAAACGAUGCUGAUCUCCUCGGACAAACACCCUCGCCAACAUACUUUGAAAAGAAUGUACAACUCCCAAUUGUUUUGAAUGGCUUGGCACCAAAUGUUAAGUACUUUGUACAGAUUAAUACAUAUGUCGGCUCUAAUUCACUUAGGGUUUUGAGUGAUCAGGAAGAUUUAUUUAUGAAUACAGCUACAUCUGAUGUAUUUGAAGCCUAUGUCAUAUCAGUCACCACAUCCUCUAUUGAAGUACAAUGGAGCAAUGCAUCAUCUGGAUACACAGUGGCUAUAACAAAGGUCAGCGAUUCUACCACAAUGUCAGUCUCUGUCGCAGAUGACCUGCUUAGCUACUUAGCGUCUAGCCUCGACUCCGGUGAGGUUUAUACCAUCUCAGUUACUGCAGACUUAUCAUCAAUGACUAGCACUAUUCAACAGGCAACAAAGCCACAACAAGCGACUGGAGUAAGUAGCUCAUCAACCACAUCAUCAAUCACAGUCAACUGGCAAGCUGGUGCAGGAAGUGUUGACGGAUUUAUUGUUACUUACAGUCCUGAUACAGGCAACCCAGUCCCACCAAUCACUGUCAUUCUUACUGCCACCCUUGAGGUGACAAUAUCGGGCCUAGAUGCUGAUACCAGCUAUGAUGUAACGAUUCAGUCUUAUGUUGGAACUGAAGGCUCCCGCGUAUUUGGAGAUGCUGUCUCAGAAAAUGUUUUAACUGAAUUACCUGAAGGGGCAAUGAUAAGCGUCAUCAGCACAACAUCCAGCACCAUCAAUGUGGCAUAUACUGAAUCAUUUGAGUCUGAUGUCACAUCCUUUACUGUCACCAUCACUAGCGAAAACAAUGUAGUGACCACAGACUCUGUGCCAAAAAGUCAACUAACUUACCAAUUUGAGGGUCUGCAACCCGCCACUUUCUACACCAUUUCUGUUUCUACUAACGGAGCAAAUGUAGAGUCUGGAAUGGCAACUACUAUUACAAACCCAUCGAACUUAGCUAACUUAACAGUCACAGAUAAAAGCCAGUCGCAGAUAAUGCUCUCAUGGAUAAGCCCAACUGGUGAUUUUGAUGGCUACAAUGUAGAAUAUACCACAGCAUCAGGCCCAGCUGUAAACAAAGAGCUUCCCUCCUCAGACACAUCAUUGUCACUUCAAGACCUGCUUAGUAAUACAGAGUACACAUUCACAUUAACAGCAUAUAUUGAGAAAUCUGGAUUUUCAAAGGAGAGUGAAGUAUCAACUAUAUCCGUCACAACAGAUGCUCUUGUUUUGACGAUAAACGAGCUCUCAACCACAUCAUUAAGAAUUACCUGGACGGCAAUCCCUGAUACUCAAUAUGAACUGAUUAUUGAUCCACCUGUCGGAAGCCUGAAUUCUGUCUUGUUGAAUGAGGGAACAUUUGAUUUAAGUGAGCUCACAGUUGGAAUCACAUACCAGUUCAUUCUAAAUAUAGUUGUUGCUGAUGAUCAAUCGAGGUUACUUGUUGGUAAAACAACGUACACUCUACCUCCGGAGCCACCAUCUCAGCCUGUCGUUAAUGAUAUAACAUCCACAUCAGCAAUCGUUUGGAUUACUCCACCUAUUAUCGGCAGUCUAGGCAGCCUCAGCAUCCUAAUCUCAGAAACUGCGCUGGGUGCUGGUGCAGGCACUCCUAUCGAUGAAACCAUUGUUGUUGCGAAUGAUGGAUGUCCCACCCUUCAACUCACUGGGCUAAAGCCUGGCACCAUGUAUACGAUUACGGUUAACAGUGUUAGUGGGAAUGCCAUGAGUACUCCUGUACAAUCAACAUUUACAACUGGACCAGCUGUAGAGGGAACUAUUAGUAUUGGUGAAGUGACUGCAACCAGUAUUGUUGUUUUCUGGGAGAAGCUAUCAAGCAAAACAUCCGGCAGUUACCAACUGGUUCUGGAGCUCAACAACAUUGAGGUUCAGAGGAUGUCAUUUGCAUAUGAUUCCGUUGCAGAAUACACAUUUGUUGACCUUAUUGAUGGAACUCAAUACGAGAUUAUUUUCUUGGAUGAAGACUCCGGCACAUCGCUUGAUACUACAUUUCAAAAUACUAGACCAAAUGAACCAGGUGAUGUUACCUUGGCAAUGGAAACUGGAUGUGCAGAUAUAGAUCUCACCAUUAAUUGGUCCCCUGCCUCUGGAAAUUUUGAUGGCUAUCAGAUUUGUUACCGACCUGUUGACGGACCGCAAUCUCCAAUCACAGUUUCUAGCGCUUCCUCGUCAUACACAUUCGUAAAUUUAAACCCUGACACAGAAUACACCAUUAGUGUUGCAGCUUACACAGGAACAGAUAGUAGGGUGUUAAGUACAAAAAAGACUUUGAUCAUACGAACAAAACUUGACUGUAGCAUAUCAGAUCCAGGGGUCCUAACGGCAGUGGCGGUAAAUGAUGCAUCUAUACGUGUAGAGUGGGAGUCUCCUUCUGGGGACAACUAUGAUGGCUUCCUCAUCACAUACACCCCGGACAAUGGCCAGCUUAGCUCAACAGUGUUUGUAUUGAGAGAUCUUCGUACCAUCUUGUUGUCAGGGUUGAUUUCUUCUGAAGAAUACACUAUUUCAUUGGUUACUGUUAGAGAAGGUGCAACCACAGAGAAGUCGAACGAAUUGACUGUCAAAGAAACAACAGAUGCUACUGCCUUUGGUUUGAAAUUGGUGAGUGCCACUGACAGUAGCCUUACAUUUACAUGGAGUCGAGACAACACGCCUGCCACUAUAGAUGAUUACACCAUCACAUACACUCCAGCGGAUGGUGAUUCAUCCUUUGAGUCAAACGUACAAACCUUUGGAAUUACAGGACUUCAAGAUGAUACGCAAUAUUCUGUUACGUUGCGUGCGAAAUAUAACGGAAAUAUAGUGUUUUCAAGUGAUAUCACUGUAAAAACAUUAUUGUCAGCACCACCAACUCCAGAAUACUCUGCCAUUGAUUAUGGAUAUGGUCUCCUUCAACUGAAAAAUCCCACUUAUCUGUAUGAUCAUUUUGAAGUUGCGAUUUACACUAUUGUUGAUAAUUCAAGAUCGACCUCACCAAUCAGCGAAAUGAACCUGCCAAGGAAUGCCUGCCCAAAAUUGAAUUUGAACCUGUUGCAGCCAUUCUUAAGCUAUGUUGCUGAUGUAGUUGCAGUCCUUGGCAAUGGAGACAAGAGCACUCCAAGAUCCUUCAGUUUUAGCACCAAUUCUCCUGGAAGCUUAGAUAUAAGCACAACAUCUGUAACGCUUGACUCAAUUGAGUUCACAUGGACACCUGCAUCAGGUGAUUUUACGAACUACCUUGUAAGGUAUAACCCAGCUGAUGGCACCACUCCUGAAGUAACUCUGAAAGCUAAAAAUGACCGUCGCAUGGUUCUUCAGGGACUUGCUGGUGGUACUUAUACCAUCCAAGUAGAAACACAGGGAAAUGAUAUGCAGGUGUCUAAUGAAUACAUGCGGAGAACAGAACUUCCUGCAGUCAUGGAUGUACAAGCUGUCGCUACAGAGAACCGAACUUUAAACGUUGACUGGACUAUUGACGAGAGUGGCCAUUAUUUCCAAAUCUGCUACCAGACACUGGGAUAUGAUUCACAAGUGGUGUACACCAUAGUUGGAGAGUCAACGACAUUAUUGAAUCUUAACUCUGACGCUGAAUAUUUGAUAUCUGUUUCCACAGCAAGCACCCUUGCAUUCAGUGACCCACAGUCUGUAAUGGCAGAGACACAGGAGUCUUUCCCUUGUGAUAUCAAGUCACAGACCUUUACAACAGAUUCAGUGACAAUUACAUGGGCUGCUGAUCCAGAUUUAGCAUCUGAUUACGAAGUCAUGCGAACAGAUCGAGAUGGAACGUCAAAUGCUUUUACAGAUACUGUGUCAAAAUCUGGCAAUGCUGCUGAGACCUACACAUUCAGUGACCUUACUCCAGGGCAAGAGUACUUACUCAAACUCACAUGUGGGACAAAGACUAGGUAUACACGUGCCAGGACCAUUCCCUUACCACCAACUGAUUUCCGAGUUGUAAAUACUGAACAAACUGCUGUGGAUCUUGCAUGGGUUACUCCGUCCAACAAUGUUUUUACAUACUAUCAGAUAUCUUACACUCCAACUGGUGGCAAUCCUGAAUCGCCAAUCAAUGCUGGAGCAGCAGUAACACAGCGUAUUGAUUCUCUUGCGAAAGCGACGCGUUACACGUUCAAAAUUGUAGCGUAUGCUGGUGAAGGGUCCCUGCAGAGGGUUAGUGAUGCUGUGGAGGUAUCAACAGUCACUCCAAUACAAAUGUAUGUAGUAAGCUGGGAUACAAGAACCAUUAGUGUUAAUUGGGACACCGUUAAUGAUAUGUUCGAUAACUAUGAGGUCUCCUAUUCUCCGUACGUUGAUAAUGUUGGCGCGUUGCCCUCACCUAGACCGGUUGGAACCAGCACUAGCUUGGAAAUUUAUGGCCUGUCCCCUGGAGAGGAGUACACCAUCACUCUGAAAACGUUCAAGGAUUUGAUGGAGAUUACCGAGCUUACUACCACAGUCGUACAACAGACAAAGCCUGCCUCUGUUCCUAGCAUGGACAUCAAUCAAGUCACAACGACUAUGGCUGUCGUCACGUGGGACAGAGCUGAUGGCAUCGUGGACGAUUAUGAGUUCAGCUACUCUUCUUGGAACACUACCGCCAUCACAAGCACCGUUGCAUUUGAUAGUGAACGGUCAAUGACCUUGAAUAACCUUGUCCCAGCCACUGUUUACACAGUCACUUUAGUUACCAUGAGUGGAAAUCAAUUUAGUGAUGUGUUAAGUAAAGACUUUUCUACAACUCCUUUACCACCUAAUAUUACUUCAGUAAUUGCGACAGAAAAUUCGCUUACAAUUGAAUGGGCAUUAGUCUCAAGCGUCAGUGAACUUCAAUUGGACAUCUCACCUCCUGGUGGUAACCUACCUGUUGUUGUUUUACAAUCCUCAACAUCAUAUCAAAUAAACAGUCUCGACAGUGGCAAAACCUAUACAGUGUAUAUACAAUCAAGAAUUUCUAACUCCGUUGGUACCAUUUACAGUGAAACUGUAAGCGUUGUUGAACAAACAAAUCCCACAGCACCUUACGAUAUCAUGGUACAGGAUCAAGAUUUUUACAGUCUACAGUUUAUGUGGUUGACUGACCCACAAGAUGUCGCCGACAACUACCGUGUUACUUUGGUCCGAAACAAUGAUGGAUUCACGAUUGAAGAAACAAUCUCCGGACGGACACGUUUUUACAAUGGCUUGCCAUCAGCUACUGCAUAUACUUUUUCGGUGUUUACAAAUUCUGGGGCAAAAGAGAGUGAAGCAAGGAGUAUUACUACCCACACUAGUGUGAUACCCCCUGUUAUUACCAUUGGCAAUGUAUCGACCUCAUCAAUUGAUUAUUCAUGGGUGGUACCAGUGACACCACAGUACGAUGGAGCUAUGUUCUCAGUCAGAGUAACAGGACCUUCUGGUGAAACACUCAAGAACACGGUCUUAUCACAGAAGUUCUAUUCGCAGGGGAUGCUGACACCAUACACACUCUAUAACUUCUACAUUUCUACAACUGUUGGUAACUUGAACAGCGGAAUUGCUUCCAGAGUAGUGACCACAGCCCCAGCAGUUCCUGAUGGUGUAAUUGACCUAAUAAUGGCCGCUAAAACAUCAAACCAAGUGACAUUGCAGUGGGCAUACAAUGGCAAUAUCUAUGGUGCAUUUGAAAAUAUUACAGUAAAAUAUAUAGGCUACCAACAGAGUGUUGAUAAUGUGCAGGAUUCUGGAGAAAUUGCAAUCACUUCAAGGUUGACUAGUUAUUCUGUGAAUAUUACAUCACUUACUCCGGGACUUACGUAUACGUUUGACGUCAGUGUUCACAACCACAUGUUUUCCAGUGAUGCUGCUAUGGUAACUGUUCAGUUGGUACAAUCAGCACCCCCGAAGCCAUCAGUGGUUUUGUCAUCAACACCCAAUCUGGACAGAUCAUCUACUAGUAUAACAAUACAAAUGAGAUCAGAUUUAUUCAGUACAGAGAAUGGACCUAUAAGCCAUAUAGUGAUAAUUGUUGCACAAGACGGAGCACAAGUAGCUGUUGCCACACAACCUUUGACCUACUUCCAAGUUGAAAAUCUGGACCCCAGGCCACCAUACCAGACCUCAGGAGAUCUGAAUGUACAACUUCAAAGUAUAGGACGUCGUAAGCGCCGUGAGGUAUCAACAAACACAUUUGUUGUUGGGUCGGAGGACUGCAAUGCUCCUAACGUCCCAACUUAUUGUAAUGGUGAAUUGGAACCAAGAACAGCAUAUCGAUUCUUGGCUAGAGCUUAUGGUAAUGACGGAUCAUACACGGACAGUGACUGGUCAGAACCAAUUACCACAAAUUCUGAUGUACUAUGGUUUGUCUGGUGUGCCAUUGCUGUUGGUGUUCUCUUAAUCUUUGUGCUUGUGAUUAUGUGCGCCAUGAUAUCUGGAAAAUGCUGUAACUCAACACCCCUUGAGGAGAAACUUGAAGAUGAGGCUCGCCGCAACAUGGUUUUCACUCCGAUUGAGACUGUACGUAUGGUACGCACACAGUCAGCAGCUGUGCCAGUGACAAAUGCGGCAGCGGUCCAGUCAUCGCAAUCCCAUCCUUUGUGGACAAGAAGUUCACGGUAA